UGUGAACAGCGCAUGAAAUACACGUGGGUUAAGAAGGGCAUCGUGAAGGAUAGUCCGUCUUAACUGGCCGUGACAGUGAACCACUUCAGGGGAUCAUUUUGGAAUUAAACGCAGACAGGAGUAAAUGCGAUUCGGUAUAGUGUGGGCUGUCAGUAAUACGUUUAUAUGAUCCUCGGGAACAAAUGAGGCUAUAAGAGGUGGUCCGGUAAGACGACGCUGAGCUGCAGUCCCGCUGACGACAGCUGCACCCCUAGUGGAGCAGGGAAAGCAGGAGAUGCUGGAUGUGGAGCGCAGCGAUCAGAGGACCAGCGAGCGGACCGGCCUUCGCACCGCCUCUCGCCGUAACGCCAAUGCAGCCGGACGCAUGCGGCCGGGGACAGGAUGCUGUGGUGGGGUGGUUUCCAAUCCUCCCGAUCGUGCGUGCUCGAUCUGGGCCGCAACCGGAGUUUCUCGCUCGGGCUUUGCGGCUCCGAUGAUCGCUUCUCGCUGUACGGGUACGUCGUGGCCUUCCAUCUGCAGGACGACGGCGGGAUUAUGUCUGGGCUGGGGUCCGACACCUGGUGGAAAAGGACCCUCUACCUGACCGGGGGAGCCCUAGUGGCAGCCGCUGUCUACAUCCUACAUGAGCUGCUGGUCGCCAGGAAGGAGCAGGAGAUGGACUCUACAGAUACCCUCAUCCUGCACCAGUUUUCCAGGCCCUCGGGCUCCAUUCCCAGCCUGUCGCCGUUCUGCCUGAGACUGGAGACCUACCUGCGAAUGGGUGGCGUGCCUUACCAGAAUUACUUUGACGGGAAGCUCUCUCCGCAAGGCAAAAUGCCGUGGAUUGAGUACAACCAGGAGGAGGUGUCCGGCAUGGAGUUCAUCAUGGACUUCCUGGUGGAGAAGCUGGACGUAGACUUGGAUAAGAAUCUGAACCCUGAGGAGAAGGCCGUGUCCCACGCCAUAACCAGGAUGGUGGAGGAACACUUCUACUGGACCAUGGCGUACUGUCAGUGGGUGGAGAACCUGGAGACGACCCGGAAGAUGCUGGCCGUGACCGGGCCGCUGAGCCCCAUCCUGAAGUGGAUCCUGAGUCAGGUGAACCGUGGCAUUGUGAAGCGAGAGAUGUACGGCCACGGGAUCGGCCGCUUCACCAGGGAGGAAGUGUACACCCUGAUGGAGAAGGACAUGCGCGCGCUGGCCACGUUGUUAGGUGAUAAGAAAUACUUCAUGGGGCCAAAGCUGUCGUCAGUGGACGCCACAGUCUUCGGACACCUGGCCCAGGCCAUGUGGGCGCUGCCGGGCACCCGACCGGAACAGCUCCUCAAAGGUGAGCUGAUUAACUUGGCCAUGUACUGUGAGAGGAUACGGCGCAAGUUCUGGCCCGAGUGGUUCGUGGACUGCUACGACUUCCAGUAUGACGGCUCCAGUGACUCCAGCGAGGACGGGGGCUCCCCAUCUCGGCCGCCGGCCCCCCGCCCGGUCUCCCGGACUGACUCCUUCGAGGAGGAGAUCACUGGGAGCAGCCUGACCUCCUCCUGCCUGACUGACAUGGAGGUCACCACAGACGAGUCACUCUUCAACUCCGACUUGGAGAUGGAGGCGUCUGACCAGGAGCUGUCUAAGUGCUAGACAACGAGGUGGAAACACCUGAACAGGCCUCUGAGAUUCCAUUCCACAAAUCAGGAGGAUGUCACUGCAGCUGGGAGUCCUGCCAGUAUCAGGGUCAGAAGCUGACAGGGGUAUUUCAGGGGUUACCCUGCUGAGGGCUGUCUGAGCAGAGUGUGACUCACAUUCAGCAUAAUGCAGUACAGUGGUUCUCAAACCAUGCACCGUGAGCUCCCUCUAGUGGCGUCUCCGCUUUAACGCCGAUUGUAACGUUGGUACGCGGAGAGCUUGGUGUUUGUGCACGAUGCAAGAAGGUUGAUAGGCGCUGGUAUAAUGGAAAAUAAUUUAUUAUAAAUAAAUAGUGGUUAUUGUGAAAGGUGCUGUUUCAC